UGCAGUGGUUCCUUGUAGUCGCACGCUGACGACGCUCGCCCUUCGUCAGAUUCUUUCGGGCAGAAAAGCGACGGCAAGCGAACUAACGCACAAUCUCCACGUAAAACUGAAGUUAAAAACUUAGUGCUGCCGACAGUCAAAUGAUGAUCACGAGGUUCUUAGUAUUGCUGUGGCUCAGUAAUUGGGUAAUCGGAACGUUCAGUGAAAGAAACAUCAAGACAACUUCGUACAGGAUAAGACGGCAAACAGACGUCACUGAUGGGGAUGGGGACCAACAGACCAUCACUGUCACAGGGGAACCAGGAGAUGCUGGAGCCGAAGGAGAACAGGGCCCACCUGGAUACACAGGACCCCCAGGAACACAGGGACCGAGAGGAUCACGGGGUCCCCAAGGCAGCAGGGGUCAGCAGGGUAUUACAGGACCUCCUGGUCUCCCAGGCCCGCCAGGACCCCCGGGAACCACGCUGUACGAGUCGAUACCUGGCGAAAAGGGACCUGUCAUUCGACCAAUCGUUGUGACAACAGCUGCCAUAAAAAUGAAGGUAAUUAGAGGAGCUCCUGGAGCCAAAGGACUUCCUGGCUCAAGGGGCAUGAUGGGUAUUUCAGGAGAGCCGGGAGGAAUUGGUGAAAUGGGCGUCAAUGGAGAACGUGGUGAUCCUGGUGGACCAGGUCUGCCCGGAUUAGAUGGAACUCCAGGUGAGAGAGGAAAACCUGGCAAACAAGGGCCUCCUGGUAUGAAAGGAUAUCAAGGUGGUAUUGGCGACUCCGGUUAUGAUGGAGUCCUGGGUCGUGAUGGUCACCGCGGAAGGCGUGGUAAACCAGGUCCUAAGGGUUUCCGUGGUGACGACGGAGACGAGGGGUCCGUAGGACCGGAUGGGACUCAAGGACUUGACGGUGAACAGGGAGAUCCUGGGCCCCAUGGAAGGCAAGGAACUGUGGGAUAUCCUGGUGACCUUGGAAGUCAAGGUAAAGCAGGAGCUGAAGGAGACAUCGGGCUUGAAGGAUCUAAAGGAGUAGCGGGGCCUCCUGGUCUCCCAGGCCCCCCUGGGGAGGUAGGGUCAACGGGACAAGCGGGUGAAAAGGGACCCCUGGGAUAUCAGGGGGAGAGAGGCUCCAGGGGCUCCACAGGAACUCAGGGGCCCCCUGGAAACAGUGGGGAUGACGGCAUCCAAGGUAGUCCAGGCUUCAAAGGAAGACAGGGUGAAGUUGGUAUCAAUGGACUCGAAGGCAGUCAAGGUCCUUCUGGAGAAAGGGGAAUUCCUGGAGAUGCAGGGCCAACUGGAGGAGACGGUCCACUGGGUAACUACGGAGAACCUGGAGCGCGCGGAGGACCUGGGGAUAAAGGAACAACGGGUCGGCACGGAGCUCCUGGGAGUCUUGGUUUGCCAGGAGGACGUGGACUUAAGGGAAAACAAGGUAAUCCAGGACCACAGGGUCAGUCUGGUCGUGAAGGAGAUCAAGGAAUAUCUGGUGACCUAGGCCUGAAUGGAAGAGAAGGAUCAACUGGUGCUAUGGGCUCCAUGGGUCACCGAGGAAACAGAGGAGAGCGCGGCAGUAAGGGAACCAAAGGCGGAGGAGGAAGAGCAGGGCCUCCAGGAUCACCCGGUCUUGCUGGUCUCCGCGGGUGGCGUGGUCAGCUGGGAGGAGGAGGGACGCCUGGAAUCCCUGGAGAACUUGGAGACAAUGGUCGGCCUGGUAGACAAGGGAAGGGUGGUUUGGCUGGUGUGGUAGGACUGAUGGGAUCAACAGGAAAGAAAGGACAACGGGGUCCUCAAGGAAAACUUGGAACACCUGGUUUGACCGGUAAAAGUGGCCCUAAGGGAAACAGGGGUGCAGCUGGGGAGCCAGGCAAAGUGGGAGCCACAGGGCAAUUGGGUCGAGCGGGACCUGGUGGUGAAACAGGAGAACAGGGGCUUCCCGGUGACAUGGGUGAAACAGGCUCUGAGGGUGUCCAAGGAGAAAAGGGCGAGCAGGGCAGAAUGGGUUUGAAAGGUGAUCGAGGAGAAAAUGGUUUCCCAGGAAGAGAGGGAGAUGCCGGUAUUUCUGGGAUGGAAGGAGAAACAGGAGACAUGGGCAGUGUUGGACCACAAGGCAUUCAAGGAAAUAUUGGCAGACCGGGAAAUAUGGGAUUGCCUGGACCCAUUGGAACAAUAGGACAGGACGGAAGCCUUGGUCCACGGGGUGCAGUGGGAGCGACAGGUGCUGUGGGAGAGCCCGGAGUCAAAGGGGAAAUGGGACAUGCAGGUUUGAAUGGCCGACCCGGCCAAUCAGGAUCGAUGGGACAAAAGGGGGCGAGUGGAGAAAAUGGAAAGCAAGGAGAACGUGGUCCAGAAGGAAACAGGGGAACUCCAGGCAACAAUGGUUUUCCUGGACUUCAUGCCACUCAGGGAGACACGGGCGAGAAAGGAGUGGCUGGUAUUAAGGGUCUUAUAGGAUACAGAGGUCAAACGGGUCCUGUUGGAGAGAUGGGUCUUCAGGGGCCAACGGGUCUAAAAGGAGCUAAGGGUCCAAACGGAGAUGAGGGGAUGACUGGAGAAAGGGGAGAAGAAGGAGAACUGGGAAUUGCAGGUUCUGUGGGUGCAAAGGGAGAAGCUGGUGAUAGAGGAGAACAGGGUUUGGAGGGAGCACCUGGAGACUUAGGAAAUAAAGGAGACCCUGGAAUACCGGGAGAAGCUGGAUCUGAGGGAUCUCUUGGUGAACGAGGACAAAAUGGCAUUAAGGGACUCAACGGUGAUUUUGGACCUAAAGGUUCUCGAGGCUCAACAGGAUUUUCAGGCUCCACUGGCUUAACUGGAAACCCUGGUGAGCCAGGACAAACUGGGGCUCAGGGCCCUGUAGGACCACCAGGCGUAAAUGGACCUUCUGGCAGCAAAGGACCAAUCGGACUAGUUGGUAAACGUGGAGCCACAGGACAAAUUGGUGGAGAAGGACCAAAGGGAGAAAGAGGAGAACCAGGUAGUGAUGGUGAAGACGGCACAACAGGGAGAGAGGGUAGCAUUGGACUUCCCGGAAAGAAUGGAAACCGAGGAGAAAAGGCAGAUGAAGGUCCCCGAGGUUUAAUGGGGAAAAUUGGACUGGCUGGGAAACCAGGUGAAAAGGGUCUUCCUGGGGCAUCUGGUUCAACAGGUGCCUCCGGUCUGCAAGGAGUUAAAGGAAUGCAGGGAGCUCGAGGAGAUCAAGGGGCCACAGGACAUUUUGGGGAAGAUGGUCCUCACGGAGUCACCGGUUAUCCAGGCUUACCUGGGAAGCAAGGGGUCAAGGGCGACUCUGGCGAGUUAGGAGAUGAUGGCAUUAGAGGAAGAGCAGGGGAAAAGGGAAGUAGAGGAAUCAGAGGCGCGAAAGGACCCAUAGGGUCUAAAGGUGCACAGGGUCCUUUAGGUGAGCCUGGUCUCGUAGGACCGUUUGGACCAGCUGGACCGCAGGGAGCUGGCGGUAUCAGAGGAAGCCAAGGAUCUCCUGGGUUACAAGGAAUUCUUGGACCACCUGGUUCACCAGGAGGCUUUGGAAACAAAGGAGAUGCUGGACCACAGGGACCAGAUGGACUUCAGGGUCCCCCAGGACCGUCAGGUGCACCAGGACAGGCGGCAGAUAUUUCCAGCUGGAUUUCACAACAGAGGUAUGGAUUCCUUGAGGAGUCUUUGACUCAGAGUAAUACCAAGUCCUCUCUGUACAAAAGUAAAAGUUUGCCCCGACAGACACUAAAAACAAAUUCCAAACAUAAAGAGGUGGGAAACAGUCCAGUUAUCGAAGCCAUAAAUAACCAAGUCCAGUCGUUGAUAACCUGCAGACGAUUUCUAGGUACCAGACGUUACCCAGCCAGAACAUGCCGAGACCUGAAGCAACUUGAGCCUAAUGUUACCAAUGGUCACUUCUGGAUCGAUCCCAAUGGUGGGCCAGUGGAUGAUGCAGUCCGAGCUUAUUGUGAUUUUCACUUUAACGCAACAUGCAUUCAUCCAAAAAAGAGUAAGACAGAAAACAAGAAAUGGUUCUUUGGACCUGACGGGUACAAGUGGUUUUCUAAGGAAUUUGAUGAUCUACCCCAGUUUGUUUAUGACUGCGACCCAAUUCAACUGACAUUCCUUCGGCUGCUAAGCAACCGCGCAAAACAGGUCAUCACCUAUCAUUGUUUAAACUCCUCUGCCUGGUUCAAGCAAAGUACUGGGAGCUAUGAAUAUUCCAUUAAGCUUAAAGCAGAAAAUGGAAUUGAGAUUUACGCUCAGGGAACCAUAAAAUACAAACCUACCAUACUUCUUGACGAAUGCAAGAUUAAAGAUGGUGCAUGGCGUAGAACGAUUUUGGAGGUCAAUACUUCUAAAACACACAGACUUCCAAUAAAAGAUGUGGCAGUACAUGAUGUUGGAGAUACUGGAGAAGAGUUUGGUCUUGAAAUUGGUCCUGUGUGCUUCUCGUGACGAUGCGAAUAAAAACAAGAAUAAAUAAACCAUAGGAAUCGGAAGACAGAAAGAAACUCUGUCGACUCUAAAAUUUACUGCAGUGAAAAAUCACUUCAUUUUUAGAUUUUAAAAAACUCCUGUUAAGGUAUUAUCGAAACAUAUGGUUAUUAGUUUG